CGUCGAGGGUGACAGUAUUCUUAGACGUGCCGACCACGAUGCGCGCCGUCGUAAUUGCCGCAUGCUCGCUCCUCGUGUUCGUGGUCACGACUACGGGCCACAGAUACGAAGAGAAGGAUUUCAUGUGUAAUGGCACCUUUCUUCGGGCAACGUCAGUCUGCGACGGCAUAUUAGACUGCUCAGAGCCGGAUGACAUCAGCAAUGACGAAAGCCCGGAUAUCUGCGCUCCAUCGCCUUACCUGGAGUGGGAAGCCUCGCUGGUGGUACGUAACGUCACAAGCACGUCUGUUCAACUCUCCUGGGCGAUGACGACAGCGGAUGACUCCGAGGAUUCACUGCUGCUGGCCGGCUACUUCCUGACGGGAAAAUCGGAACCGCACUCAUUUCAGAACACUAUACCUGGGCAACUGCUUUCGCACCAUCUCCAAUGGCUGAAGCCAUGGACAGAGUAUACUGUGAUAUUGAGGCCUUUCUAUACUGAGACCGGGAGGCCGCACAGACAAUACAAGGUUGGCAAAGCAGCUUCAGUGCAAGUCCAAACGCUUUCCUCCGUGCCGGAAGUCCCCAGCUUAGUGUCCGUGGUCUCGGCCCAGCAGCGCAACGUCGUGCUCAACAUAGUCGGUCCGUCAGCCUGGAACAGCGCCCCGAUCGGGUUCUACUUGCAAUGGGAGGACGUCAGUGAGAGUCGGGGGCCACGAGGAUCAGUGGAAGCGCUGCUCACGGAAGACUGGUCGCCGGAGGAGAACGCGCUUAACGUGACGCUGCCGCUGCAAGGAGGCACAGACUACCAGAUAAGCGUGCGUGCCGCCGGUAGGGACAGCCAGGGCAAGAUUGUGUGGGGACCCGAGCUGGAAGUCGAAGUCAGCGUGACCCUCGGUUCCUAUGACAUAUCGGCUUACCCUGUCAACUCCUCCGGGGCAAUUAUUUCUUGGCGAGCUUCGCAAGCGGCCGACAUCUUCCUAGUGACGGUGCACACAGAUCUGGGGAAUGACAACAUCAGACACCACACAAGCCUGGAAUUCAACGGAACGGGGAAGACGUCUUCAAGAUACACCGCCCUUGUUAACAACCUCCAGCCUUGGAAACGCUAUGUGGUGACCCUCGAGGGAUGUUCUGAAAAUGUCUGCAACGAAUCCGUGAGCACAACGUUCGACACUCUACCAGAAGAUUUUCCCAGUCCUGCCCUGACAAAAGUUGCAGCGACAAGCAACAGCUCGUUCGAAGUCGCCUGGACAUUCCCGCAGGAUGACACUCGUCUGUACAAUGGCUUUCGAGUCCUGUACUGCCUUAAUGAUCAAGAUACUUGUUUCGCGCUUUACACUACAGAGAACAACGUGACAGUGCAAGGACUGGCUCCGAACAGCACCUUCAAAAUCUACGUGCAGGCACAGCUCACAAAUUCUGACGGAAGACCACUCUUAGCACCUGCAACUACAGCAUCCAUUACUACUUGGAGUGACCUUCCGGUGCUGCAUGCCAAGUAUGCAGGGAACAUACAAGAAAAUGAUGCCUGCUUGCUACAAUGGACUUGCUCCAACAGCACCAUCGGCUACUUGCAGUACAAGACAAGGGUGCACGAUUCUUGGACCACCUGCAAGAACACGGCUGAUUGCGAUGUCACCUUUUUCCACGAACGGACAGCGACUUCCACGAGUGGAUACAUCAGGUUUGGCCACGAAGCGCAAUACGGCUACGAGGAUGUUUUCGUUCGAGCCUGUAAUGAUUACGGGUGCGGACCCGAAUCUUCCGUUGCAGUGUCAGCGGUCGCCACAGGCCCCGCUCGACUGACCACAGCAUCCGUGACCCCACAAGGUGAACUGGCGUACGUCUCUGUGUUCGCAUCCAAUAAAGGCAGAUACGAUGGCAUCGAGGUUGUGUGGAACUGCAGCGACGACGAAGGCGCCGUAUAUACUGCAAGAAUAUUGAAAACCGUUUACGGCAUGAAAACACCUCUACACGUUUCGUCUGGAAACGCCGAGAAAUGCGCCUUCAACGUCUCUACGUACAUAGACGACCAGAAUGGAGCAACUUAUUACAGUACACCAAUGCAAGCCACACGGGAAGCUGCUGUACACUGAACUGGAAAUGACACUGGAGACACGGCACCUUCGACAGGCAUAUUAUGCCAAUGCCGACGGCCCGACUAGCGGUCAUAGCAUAGUCUUUCCCCAUAGGUGCAAACAGAGCUUUUGCGUUCACUGCAAUGCUCGUAUGCGCUUAGCGAGCGCCAUGACCUUCCCUUCAGAUUUUUGCCUAUGAGCACAUCGCUUACGUUUGCUUGCAAUCUGAAAAUAAAAUGGUUAACGUUUUCUUUAUAACAGAUG